AUGAAGAUCUUUGGAUUUUUCUGUGUUCAGGCGAUUGCUGCUGAAGAAACCUGUAAUGAGGGACUUUCUUCCAACUAUUGUCGAACUCGAGGAAAAACUCUUGACAAUGAUAAGCUCUACAACGAUGCUGUGAAACGAUACCAAGAGCAGGAAGCAGAGUUCAACACCCUCGGCCAAUGCUACAAUGAUAUCAAAAACUGGGGCGCAACCCAGGGCGAUCGCGAAUGGGAUUUCAAGGGAUGCAAGGCUUCCGGCAAGUGCAGCCAAAAAAAUCCUGAUGGCAGUGAUCCAACUGAUCAACAGAUCCGAGAUUGCUGCUUGAAUAACGAUUGGGACUACUUGUACUACUCAGUACAGAACGUGACUAUUUUUGGCCAAGAAACACUCAAUCAAGCUGACGAACUCUACAACAAAAUGCUGAACUUCAAGAACUGUAUCGGAGAUCACUGCGGAAUCGACAUCAAGCGAUUUUUCUGA